CAGGUGAUUGUGAUUGUUUUAGUUCCGCUCUGCCGGUCCGCCAUCUUGCUCCAAUCAUUUUAGCCUCUAUUAUUUCUUACUUCCUUUUUACUUCAUGGAAAAUCUCCGAGAACCCGCAAUUCCCGGAUUAGAUGGGAUGAUACCCGGCUCAAGAAUGUCUAGGAUGCUGAAAUCACUGCGACCCGAGUUGGAAGCCGAAUUUACGGCUUUUCUCUGUGGAUUGGGCUGCAACAACUGGCGGUUCAUCGUCGAGCAGAUGUUGAUGGACGUCUCCGUGCAAAUUAUCCAGCAGAACAAGUGCAACGAGAAACAGUACGACGAGAUUGGGUCUUUCGCUCUGGCUGCCUUAUUAGUAAACGAACUGGACAAACACAGGGCGGAUGCUAAGCACACGAGCGAAAAAUACGUGGCUUUGGUCUGCAAAUUGGAACAGAUGCGUUCCAUCAACUUCUCCAGACUGUCCAACUUUGUCGUUGAGAAAAUUUCCAGCAAGAUUUUCAGCUCGAGGCAGGUGAAUAGCGCCAAGUUAGUCUACCUGAGCACCGCCCUGAACAAGAAAAAUAACGACCUGAAGUCGUUCGCUUGGCUUCUGCUGCUGCUACUGCUGAAGAAGGCCUCUUUCGUGUCCAUGACGGCCGUGAGCACCUGGCCAGAGGGAAUGCAGCAGCUGCCACGCCCACUGGCGUCCGCAGUCGACCCUUUUCUGAGCAACAAAGACCUGCUGAAGUCCCUGGCUCUGCCUAGUGUGAUCGGAUCGUACCUGGUUUCCACCAUGACGAGCGACGAGUGGCUCGAGACGCAUUUCAUGCAGACCCUGCUGCCUGCCCUGCGCGGCCCGCACUCCGCCAUGGCCAUGCACGCCAUCGCUGUGGCCCUGCUGUUCAGGGCCACGACCUUUUUCCAAAAUGGAGGGCCCGAUGCGAAGGUGGUGUUCUUUCGCAAACUUCUUAGCCAGGUGUUGGGCUUGAACAACUGGCCUCUUGAAAAGCUGGCCAUCCGACUUGCCAAGCAGCUGCUGCCGAAGAGAACCUUCAAGGUUCACAUGGAAAGGGGAGCGAAGCAAGUCAUCACCAUUGGUGGGCCUGGAUUUGUGUUCAAAGUUACCCCAAGUUCGAGUGAUACCGCUGUUCCUCUCUCGCAUUGCUAUCCUCCUCUGUCCUUGCCUGCCACUUUCGCCAGAGAUUUUGAAUCCAUUAUGCUCGAUCAGAAGGUGAACAAUGAAAUGACGAAAACCUUUUCAUCCGUGAUGUCGAUAGGAGGCAGCCCAAGCUGCAGCACUCAAACAUCUCUCAAUCAGCCAACGAGCAGCUGGCCGCCCGUGAUUGGAGCGAAAAUGGCUCAAGAGGAGAAGAAGAUUCCUCUGCCUUCCACACAAGGAAUAAGUGCAGUGAAUCAUGCAGUCCUGAUCACAGUGGUUCCAUCUGAGUCUGAGAGUGUCACUAGAAAGAGCCCCACAGAGGUUUUGCCUCAAUCCGAAGAUGUGAAGCAGUACGAGUUUGUGACCGUCAUUUUGAAGAAACUCUCCAAUCCGACGCAUGGUGAUGCCCACGAGGCCGCCCACAUGCUGGGUAGCAUCCCUGACGACCGCGCUCUGGCAAAGUGUCUGGUUCGGUUCUCCCUGGAGCACGACUUCUGCGAGUGGAGCCUGUUGGGCGUGGUGCAGUUCACGAGUUGCAACGACAGAGCACCACUGCUCAAGCGUUUCGUGCUGGAGGCGGCUUCUGCUCUCAGCUGCCCGCCUGUGCAGGUUCUCAGGGUCGAGGCCCUGGCCAGGGUGGUCGGCCGGUUCUGCAGCGAGCGACCGGCCCUUCUGACUGCCCUCAUGCAGUCAAGCAUUCCUCUGGCCCCAGUUCUGGUCCAGGAACUUGGUCUGAAGCCACUUCAGAAUGAUGUUUCGCCUUGAAGGUGAUGUGUUGACACACACUUUGUGAUUUUCUUCGAAUUUUUCUUUUAUUUUGACCGUAAACUCAAUGUGCUUUGAAACAAUUCUAGUGAUUGCUGUGCUAAUUUUAGGGAAGAAUUAUGAACUAAACAUCUCGCUUUCGUGUCAUUCGAAUUAUUUUAUUUAAUUUGAUAAUAAAAUGUAAAACGGAAAUAAAUUAGCGACAUUUCU